AUUUUUUUUUUGAUAAAUAUGAAUAUCUAAAAAGAUUCUUAUUAAAACAACAAUAAUUUCUUUUUGAUUAAUCAGUUCAAAGUCUUACUUACAGGACAAAAAAAAAUCAUGCUUAAAAACAACAGGUUUUGAUAAAUUUUUCUUGAUUUUUCAGUUUUUCUAAUUGAUAUACUUCUUACCUCGACACAAUGCCUCAAGUGCUAAGCAAAAUACCCCUGAGUGCCCCCAUAACCACCAGUUGUUACCAAUAUGUCCAUCCAUGGAACCAGUCAUGCAGUGUCGCCAUUGCUGGAUGCUUUCUGUACUGUGUUUUUGAUUCACUCAGGAUAUAUGGAACUGUUUAUUUGUGUACCCUUCUGAUGAAAGGUCGCAUACCCACCAAAGAAGACAUCAGAAGAACCUUAAAUGGAAUUUUACAAUCGACGGCCUUCUUAAGCUUCACCGGUUUCGGAUACAGUUUGUUCCUAUGCAGCCUAAGAAGGCUGCUGGGACAUUUUAACCUGCUAACAGUCUCAUUUUGGCCGGCUUUCUUAUCCAGCGCCUUCGCCAUUUUAAUAGAGCGACCGUCCAGGCGGACGCUGCUUUGUCUAUACGUCAGCAACAUCGCUACGGAAACGGUGUGGAAUAUGGCUCUGUCCAGGGGUAUGGUGAGAAAUAUCCCUUAUGGAGACGUGGCCAUAUUUGGGGGAAGCAUGGCCGUGUUGCUGGCUUAUUAUAAAAGUGGACAUCAUGCUGCCGUACCUGAUUCUAUGUUUAAGAUUUUAAAAUUUGUUAUAGGACCUUAUGAGGAGAAGGACUUUGGAGCCAGGGUGACCCACGAAGCGAACGCUUUUUAUAGGCAACAAGUCGCAACUGCGGAUCGUAGGUCACAGUCCGAAAAUAUUCGACCUCAUGAAGGUCUCCCAAAGUCUUCACAUUCCAAAAAACCGAAAAAUCUAGUAUAUCACCUGAUAACCCAAAUGUUAAGGAUAUACAAAAGAUUAAUACACAGGAUGAAAUGUUUGGGGAGGCACCAGGCUUGCCCUCAUCCCUUUAGCUGUUUAUAUUAUGUUAUGGGGGGUACAGGAAAGAUGUUUAGUGUCGGACUGGGAAUACAAAUCACCCUAAAAUUGGUGCUUAAUUUAAAAAGAAUAUUCACUAAUCCCAAAACAAUAAAACAGAUCUUACUUAAGAAGGAAACUUUAAAUUUAGGGUUGUUUUUGGGAUUAUAUUCGGGAAUGUUCAGGGGUGUUUUAUGUACCUUAAGGAGAAUUUUCGGUAAGGAUGAUCCGGUUUUUGCGUUCCCUGCCAGUUUGUUGGCUAGCGUGGCUUUUAAGAAGUAUCCGGACACCACGGUGGCUCUCUAUGUAGCCUGGAAGUCUGCACAAAUUACUUACAAUAUAGGCAUUCAAAAGGGUUACGUGCCGAAAAUUCCCGGUUUUACCGAAUUUCUUUAUUGUCUCAGUACAGGAAUCCUGUUUCACGCCGCCAUUUUGGAACCUACCAACCUUAGAGCGAGUUAUUGGAAAUUUUUGCAUUCUAUCUCCGGAGGAAGGAUUGCUUGUAUGGCAAGAGAACCGCUAGACAUUUGGGGCCUAAAUACUUCGGCAUCGCUAGAAACGGUCCUUAAAGCCACCAAAACCAUUCCAGUGGUGUAUUUUUGAUGACAACAUAUUUUUUUUUAGUUGAUAUUUGGUUCAAAAGAUACUGUUUAUUAUAUUAUAACAAAAAUAUAGGGCUUGGUGAUAAAAGAGUGACUAGAGAAACGUAAGGCUAGGCAGUUAAACCUUAAAGUUGUUGUUAAUAGGUAAUUUGUUGUUUAUAUUUUCUUUUGUAUUGUGCAAAUAAUUUACCAAAUGUUCAAUAAAGGCUUUUUAGGAAG